CAUAUAUAUGUAGUAAGAAGUGAAAAUAAUGUUUUAGUGACCGGAAAGAAAUCGGAAAUGGGAAAUGCUCAGUCGCCCGCGGCGAAUCCUCGCUUCGCUUCUGCCACCAGAGCUUUUACUCCACAUGAACUGGAUGACCUCAAAUCACUAUUCGUUUCUCUGGCCACCAAAUCAGAGAGUAAUGGUCAAUAUGUAUCCCUCCCUGUUUUUCAGGCAUUUUUUGAAUUGAAAGGUCCUCUAGGAGAGAGAUUGUUCGAUUUAGUUACCCAGAAACGAAAAGAUGGGAAACUUACCUUCGAGGACCUUGUGAUUGCUAAGAGCAUUUAUGAGAAAGGAACAAAAGAUGAGAUUGAUGAGUUUAUUUUUCAAUUACUGGAUGUAACAGAUGAUAGUGUUUUGGGAAGGUCUGAUAUAGAGUCUGUUCUAAUUGCGGUUUUGAAGAGUGUUUUUUCCCUGAAAGUUAAUGAAGAUGGUUCAAGUUUGUGUCAUGAUGUUGCUAAUGUAUUUCUUAAUGCUGCAACUUUUUCGAAUGAUGUUCAAGGAUCUGCAGAGAAAAGUAUGUCUUUUGAGGAUUUCAGAGUUUGGUCUGGUCUUCUCCCAUCAGUUAGGAAGUUCCUGGGAAGUUUGUUGAUUCCACCUGAAGCAGGAAGGCCUGGUUCUGAAGUUCCUCACUUGGUGCAUGGAGAAAAUAUUGAUCCUAAUUUGAUACUAUUGAAGAAGGAAUAUGCUUGGCAUAUAGGAGGAGCUCUUUCUCAGCAUGAGUUGGAGCAGUGGAAACUUUUGUACCAUAGUGCUGUUAAUGGCCUAAGUUUCAACACAUUCCUGGGCAGUGUAUCAAAUGGUGAAGGGCCAACUGUUCUGAUUAUUAAGGAUAAAGAAGACUGCAUAAAUGGAGGUUAUGCUUCUCAGCCUUGGGACAGGCACGGUGAUUUCUAUGGUGACAUGAAGUCUUUUCUCUUUCAGCUAUACCCUAAGGCUUCAAUUUUCAAGCCUACUGGAGCAAACAACAAUGUUCAAUGGUGUGCUGUGAAUUUUUCUUCAGAAAGCAUACCAAAUGGCAUUGGUUUUGGUGGACGUGUAAAUCACUUCGGCCUCUUCCUUUCGGCAAGUUUUGAUUUGGGACACACCUUUACUUGCACCACAUUUGGCAGCCCACCAUUGUCAAAGACCAGUCAUAUAAUUCCAGAAGUUAUAGAAUGCUGGGGAGUUGUUCAAAAAGGAAUACAGCAAGAAAAGCAGGAUGCCCUGAAAGGUACAGUGUUGGAGAGGUUCAAGGAGGAUCGCCACAUGCUCAACAUGGUAGGGCUUGCAAAUUCAAGCGAAUAAAUCUGGUGAGCUUUUCAGCUGUAUGUAGUUGUUUGCAAUCCCAAAGAAAUCAACUGUUGUAAGUUGAUCUUGUUGACUUGUACGUGGUACCCAAGUGCAUCAUACAUGAAAUGUGAUAAGAUGUUUUGUCUAUAUUUCAGUAUAAAAAUCUUGCAUGAUUGACAUUAUAUGUGGUUGAAUUUAUCGUAUGUAUUUGAGUAAUAGUCUUGCAUGAUUGACAUUA